AUGUGUGCCGCCAAGAGACAAUUUUCUAGCAAUGAAUCAUCCGAAUCAAAGAAAACCAAGACGGACCAUAAGAAGAAAGAAUUGAUAUUCAAUGCUUUCCUUAUGGGUUCUGCCGGUUGUCAGUCCAUGGGUAUAUGGAAACAUCCAAAUGACAAAUCUACCCAAUUGUACAGUAAUCCAGAGUAUUGGUUUGAAUUAGCACGCAUCUUGGAAAAAGGUAAAUUUAAUGCAGUUUUCUUUGCCGACGUCUUAGGUCCAUAUGACGUUUAUAAAGGCCCACAAAAUGAAGGACCUGUAGCUAAAGCUGGCACUCAAUUCCCCGUAUCAGAUCCAACUUAUUUUAUACCAUUGAUGGCGGCUGUCACGAAAAAUCUUUCUUUUGGUGUAACUAUGUCAACCAUUAGUGAAGAGCCUUAUCAUCUGGCAAGAAGGUUGGGUACGCUUGACUUAUUAAGUAAUGGUAGAGUCGGUUGGAACAUCGUUACUUCUUAUUUGGACAGUGCAGCAAGGAAUUUGCUAAACGGUGAAUUGUUACCAGGUAACAAGGAGCGUUAUGAGAAGGCCGAAGAGUACGUUGACGUUGUUUAUAAAUUGUUUCUUAGCUCUUGGCAAGAUGGCGCUGUGAAGUUGGAUAGGGAGAGGGGGAUCUUUACGGAUCCUAAUGGUUUAAGACACAUUAACCAUGAAGGUCCGCAUUUUAAGGUUCCUGGACCAGCAUUUACCCAACCAGGUCCCCAAAAGAUUCCUGUGAUCAUCCAAGCUGGGACUUCCACUAGAGGUAAAGAGCUUGCUUCGAGAAAUGCAGAAAUCGUAUUUCUUGGAUCUUUGACACCGGAAGCAUCCGUUGGUUCAGUGGUAGAGAUUAAAAGAAUUGCCAAGGAGAAAUACAACAGGGAUCCAUCAAAGAUUAAAUUUAUUGCAUUAAUCAAUGUGAUAUUGGGUAAAACUCAUGAAGAUGCGGAAAGAAAAUAUGAGGAAUAUAAAAGUUACGGUGGUGACGAAGAUGCAAAGGCAAUGUUUUCAGGAUGGACUGGUGUUGAUAUUGACAAUUUUUCAGAUGAUGAAGUACUUACUGAUGUUGAUCAUGUAGCCACUGCAUCCGCCGUAAAGAAAUGGCAAACUGCUUACCCUAGAGUGGAAAAAUGGACAAAAAAAGCAAUUGUUGAUGAAAUUAAGAUCAGUGGUUACGGAUCUGUUGCCAUCGGGACCCCAGAAGAAGUUGCAGAUAUUUUUCAGAAGUGGAUCGAUAUAGCCGAUAUCGAUGGAUUUAAUUUUGCCUAUACUGUUUUGCCACAGACUUAUGAGGAAAUUGUGAAUGAUUUAUUUCCUGUAUUGCGUGAACGUGGAUUGGCAAGAGAAGAUUAUCCAGACACUCAUAAUAGAAGUGGAAUCCUAACCUUUAGGGAACAACUAUUUGGCGAUAAUUUCCUAGACAAGAGUCACCCAGCUUAUGAAUUGAAUUGGAGAUCCGAUGAGAGUAGGCAAAGCCACGAGAAGCGUUUCCCACAGGCAUUGGAAAGGCUUAAAGGAAAAUAA